AUGUCAAACGUUAAGGAGCACGUCAACGUGCGCAAAGGAAACGUCAACAAUGACGUCGCCGCCCGAUUCCAUGACGGUGGCUUGAGUGGAACCUCUGGCCUGGCGUUUCUAGAAUCUUCUACCCGCUUGGCUUCUGAUGAGAUCCUGACCAUUGUUAAGGUUGUCACUCAUUCUGGCACGCAAAUGACGCAUCUCCGUCGGAUGCAGUACGUCUGGGCGGAAGACGACUUUGAGCUCCCCCAGGGGGUGGACCCGCUGGGCGGCGAGGCGCCCGAAGACGGUCGGCGCUACGUCAUGUACCACGGCACCACCCGACAAAGCGCCGAACUCAUCGUGUCGUCGGGCUUCCGCCAGUCGCCCGACGGGAUGCUGGGUCGCGGCGUCUACCUGAGCCGCGACUUGCAGAAGGCCAAGCGCUACCCGCUUCACCACUCCGAAGCCGACAAGGUGGUGCUGAAGGUGGCGGUGGACGUGGGUCGGGUGAUCGCCAUCAACUUCCAGGGGCACCCGCGGCAGAAGACGUGGCACGACGCGCGCCACGGCCCCGUCUUUGACACGGCUUGGGUACCCCCCCAUUGCGGGAUGGUGCCCAGCGGGCUGGAGGAGGACUGCGUCUGGGACCCCCGGCGGAUCGCCGUCCUGGACACCAUUGCGCCCACGCCGCGUGUCCACACUUGA